AUGGCCGAAGAUAACAACAACAUGCAGCCGGACGUCCUCAGCGCCCUGGUUGCCGAGAUACGAAGUCUGAGAGAAGAGAGUUCCCGAAGAAACACCCAGUUUGAAGAACGUUUUAUUGCCCUGGAACUCCAACAACACCAGCAAGCCCGUUCGUCUGAACUCCUAGAGCCAACGCCAUCUGUCACCCCGGCUGUCCCCAUUGAGGACACCCGUGUGGUCGCCACUCACAACCCUCACCCAACCAAGCGCCCCAAAUUACGAGACAUACCGAAAUUCGGCGGCGACAAGGCCCAGUGGCGAAGCUGGAAACUAGAAACCGAAGGAAAGCUACGAGUCGACAAAGAAGCCCUUGGAGAUGCAGAAGGCCACUUUAUGUACAUCUUCAUGAGCCUAGAAGGCAAGGCUAAAGACAACGUGACCACAUUUGUGGAGAUGCAAACCGAGAAGAAAACGUUCAAUGUUGCUGAACUACUCAACCGCCUCGAAUUGCUGUACGGGAGAGGGAUCGCAAGCGAGAGCUACACGCAACCUGCAUUCGAUUAA